ACAAAAUCAUUAGGAAAACAAGAUUGAAAUAAUAUGGCACAAAUGAAAAGUCCGAUAACUAUUUUACAAGAAAUUAUGAGGAAAAAACAAGAAGUUCCCAUUUAUGACCUUAUAGUCAAUCAAGGGGGAACCCACAUAAAUACUUUUGUGUAUAAAGUCUCUUGUGACAGAUUAGUAGCAACAGGAAGAGGAAGAUCAAAAAGGGAAGCAAAACAUAACGCUGCGAAUGCAUUACUGGAAGCUAUUACGAGACGUGAAUUGCAGCAAAUAAUUACUACGACUGAACCUUUGAAUUUAGCAACAUCGCCAAGUCCUUUAAAUGAACAGAUUGGAAAUCCGGUUAAUGACCUACAAAUAUUUUGCAGCAACCAUAAUUUAAAUAAACCUGAGUAUCAAAUAGUAAUGAAUGAAUACGAAAAUAAUAGGAAAAUUUCUACCAUUCAAUGCAAUGUGAUCAUCCCUACUGAAAUCGGUACCGCGGAAACGCAAGAACUAGCUAAACAAGAAGCUGCAGGAAAAAUGUUAAAUAAGCUAAAAACCUUAAUGUUUGAUGUCCCCCAAGAAAAUACGAGAUUAUAAUACAAUCAUACGGAGAUAUGAAAUUCCGUUUAAUUAAAUACAUUCUGUGCUUCUAAUUAAUCUCAGUGUACAGGCCCUCCUAGAAAGGAAGUAAGGAUGGAAAACUCUGUGACACCAAUCA